AUGUCUGCUAACAGGCACACGUUCGAUCUUACCAUGGCGAAUUCCGGCAAAAACCGGUCCUCUCGGCUCUGGGACAGCAUCAAAGGCAUUCCGGGGUCGAUACAGCUCGUGGACCUGCCACUGAGCAUUCAGAGAUCUUGGCUCUAUGCUUAUGUUUACGACAGCCUCAAAUAUAUAGCGGCAGGCGCCAUUGUCGAGACCAUUCGGCAGAGUUUGGUAUGGUUCUAUCAGAGGGUCAAGCUUCGCCAUUCAACAAGUGCAGAAAUCAUUCAAGGAGACCCAGCAUUUGAGUGGCUUACUAGCUGGCUUACAGAAAAUAAUGUUUGGCGGUCCUCACGCGAGUUCAAAGUGACCAGCAAAACAUCGAAACUUGUUUACGGGGUCUCUGUCAGUACUGAUCCCGAAAUACAAGGGUCUGCGGACUACGUCCCAACCUACGAAAGCCCCCAGCUGUUUCGGUGGAGAAGCUACUGGGUGGAAGUUCAGCGUGUUCGUGCAACAAUUCAAGGGGCGAAUGGUCAAUCGCAGCACAGUACUGCUAUAUUUCUAACGGUUUUUACGCGUGACAUCUCGGUGCUUUCUGAACUUGUGGAGGAGGCCUUUCAGAUGUAUCAGCGCAAGAUUAAACCAUACGUCACGAUUUUCCUGGCUGAUUCUCCGAGUUUUGGAGGUACUUUCCUGUGGAACGUCAAGAGGAAACCCCAUCGCCCGAUCGAGUCCAUUAUUCUACCUGACGGGAUGCUUAGUGAUCUCAUCCAAGACGCAAAGAAAUUCUUCAGCUCGGAAGACUGGUACCACCGCGCGGGCAUACCUCACCGACGAGGCUACUUGCUUUAUGGCCCACCCGGCACCGGGAAAAGCUCGACGAUUCACGCCGUAGCCAGCGCUCUUAACCUCGAGAUUCAUUCUUUUACGCUCUCAUCUGGUUUUAUCGAUGACGGCGUUCUCCAACGAGCCAUCACCACCAUACCCAAGCGAAGCAUUCUACUGUUGGAGGAUAUUGACAGCAUUCUGCCUUCAAGAGAAGAUGAUGAAGAAAAUGACUUGCACCCCCAGCCCAUGUUACGGUCGCGCUCGGGGGUGACUCUUUCCGGCCUGUUAAACAUCCUCGAUGGUAUAGGGAGUGAAGAGGGAAAACUUUGUUUUGCAACAACAAACUAUAUGGAUCGCCUUGAUCCGGCGUUGAUGCGCCCCGGCAGAAUUGAUCGCCGCGUGCGGUACACACUUGCCACACGCGUUCAAGCUCGGAGAUUGUUUGAACGACUAUUCAAAGGUGCUGAGACUGACACCACAACAAGCCAAGGCAUGACAUUCGAUGACGAAAUCGGCACUCAAGCACCAUCUACCGAUGUCGAAAACUCUGAAGGUUCAGCGUUGGGUAUCAAACAGAUGGAGCAAUCGACCGAGACCUCAAACGCGGACUCAAGCCCACCCUCCUUGUCUAGGUCGGCCUCAACCUUAAUCAGCGACGCCCAACUCGCGUCCCUUGCUGUGCAAUUUUCUGACUCGAUGAACGACGAAGAAUUCUCACCAGCGGAGUUGCAAGGCUACCUCCUUUCCAAUCGUGAACGACCUAUCGCUGCCGCUGCCGAAAUGAAAGGAUGGGUCUCACGUCAGCGUGUAGAACGCGCAGAGAAGGAACGGGAGAGGGAACAGCGCGGCAGAGAUAAAUCGCCGCCCAGUGGUUGGGCGGCAGUGGGGCGGCGGUCGGGCGGCACACCAGGUCUGACCGCCGGGCUUGCAACGAGUUAUCUUGUCGUUGUCUUAAGUGAAUUCACGCACCUAGUGUACCACGGAAGGAGUCGCGUGUAUUUGUUGUCAGUAGAUCAGCAAAAGGACUAA